GACGGUGCUGAGGAAGGGGGGGUAGAGAUGGAUCAGUCUGUGUACAAGGGGUUUCUAUGGCAACCUAUCUGGCUAAACAAGCAGCUCUGCCUAAUGAUGGUCACCCAAAGUACCAUGGCAAUGGGAGUGAGGGGUAGCGGCUUCCCAGCAGCCCCAGCAGCAGCCGCCGGGGGGACGAGAGAGAGAGGAGCGGCAGUCUCAGCUCUCUCAGGCACGGAGCUGUCUCUUCCUAAAGACUUGGGAGUCCCUGUGACGGAGACUUGAGAUCUCUAAAGGGACACUUAGAUCCUUCCCAGUGUGACCUACAGGGGGGGGGGUAAUUAUUUCUCUCCCAGAGACACAGGGGGGGCUUUAGUGAUCUGGGCAGGGGACCCCUAGGUGCCACUUGUUGCAAUAAGAUCCACCUUCUCCCCUUCCCUGUGUGUCAGAAGGAAACAAACAGGCGGCUCUGCCUUCAGCGUUGGCUUGUGUUCCAGCUCAGGGGGCAACCCAGCAGCCUUGGCUUCCAGCUCAGGGGGCAACCCAGCUUUCCUGCCCCCCGUCAGGGUAACAGCGGAGGGAAGGGUAAGAUGCCCGGGCUCCUGAAUCGUAUCACCGGGGCCCCCCUGCCCCUGACUGCAGCGGAGAUUAGCGCCUGUGUAAGCGGGUACGCUCUGGGCAUGACGGCGUCUCUCACUUACACCAACCCGGAGUCUCAGCCGGUGGAAGCGCUGUUCGUGUACCCCCUGAAUGAACACACCGUGGUGGUCGGCUUUGAAGCCGUGAUCUGCCGGCGCAUCGUCACCGUGCAAAUAAAGGACAAAGGGAAAAUGGACGAGUCCUACUACGAUUACUGCAGCAUGGCCAGCGGGAGGUUCCCAGAAGGCAACGGUCGGAUUCUGCUGGAUGAAGACCUGGAGAGGAUCAUUUUCGUGGCCAACCUGGGGAUGGUGCCAGCCCAGGAGAGCGUGUCUGUGUUGAUCAGUACAUCGUCGGAGUUACCCACCCUCUCUAGCGGGGCUGUGAGGGUCCUACUGCCGCCAGUCUGUGUGCCCAGAGUGACCAACUGCCCGGUGGAAAACAGUCUCUCCUCCAUCUCCCCACUGCGGCUGAGAGAGACUGGACUCACCAGCUCCAGCAAGAAGCUCUGCCUCGCAACACUGCUGGAAACAGAGGCUGUGAACGCCAUCGAAUAUGAACUGACGUUUCACCUGGAGAUUCGAGCUCCGUAUCUUCUAGCAGGUGUAGAAAGUCCAACCCAUGAGAUCCGAGCUGAUGCCGACCCUUCCGCUCCUUCUGCCAAAAGCAUUGUGAUCACAUUGGCCAAUAAGCACACGUACGACCGACCAGUCGAGAUCCUCAUCCACCCAAGUGAGCCUCAUUUCCCUCACAUUCUGAUGGAGGAAGGAGACAUGACCCCCAGCGAAUACGAGCAGUUCCUUAGGGGAAAGAGCGACUUCAUUAGAGGCACCAAAAAGGACCCCAGUCCUGAGAAAAAGACAGAGAUUAUCCGGAAGCGGCUGAUUAAGGAUAUCUGCCAUAACCCGGUGGUGAUGCUGAACUUCUGCCCAGACCUACAGGCGGCCCAGACGGAUCUCCGUAAGGCGCAGGGGGAGUUCAUUUUCCUGCUGGAUCGCAGCGGCAGUAUGAGUGGAGUCAGUAUCACCAGAGUCAGGGAUGCCAUGUUGGUCAUUCUGAAAAGCCUGAUGCCAACUUCCCUCUUCAACAUCAUUGGAUUUGGCUCUACAUUCAAGACCCUGUUUCCCUGCAGUCAGAGCUAUAACGAGGAAAGUGUGGCCAUCGCCUGUGACAGCAUCAAGAGACUUCGAGCUGAUAUGGGGGGGACCAACAUCUUAUCCCCCCUCAACUGGAUCUUCCGGCAGCCGGUGUGCCGGGGGUACCCGAGGCUGCUCUUCCUGCUGACCGACGGGGCUGUCAGUAACACGGGCAAAGUUAUUGAACUCAUUCGCCACCAUUCAUCCUUCACCAGGUGCUACAGCUUUGGGAUUGGCCAGAAUGCCUGUCGGAGGUUGGUGCAGGGAGUGGCCAGUGUAUCCAAAGGGAGCGCGGAAUUCCUGAGCGAGGGGGAGAGGCUCCAGCCCAAGAUGUUACAGUCCCUGAAGAAGUCCAUGGCCCCCGUGCUGAGCGAUGUCACAGUGGAAUGGGUGUUUCCAGAGAGUUUUGAGGUCCUGAUCUCCCCCGUCAGCUCCAGUUUUCUUUUUCCAGGAGAUCGCCUGGUGGGAUAUGGCGUUGUGUGUAACACUUCCCGGUACCUGUCCAACCCUCGAUCGGACAAGAGGAGGAGGUACAGCAUGAUGCGCUCACAGGAGUCCGGAAGCUCUGUUUUCUUUCAGUCGCAAGAUUCCUCCGGAAGCGGGGGCUCUAGGGGCCCCCAAGAUGCCAGCCUGCCGCUGGGGCACGGGCCUGACUUUCCUGAUGGGGCAGCUGGGGAAACAGACACAGAUCCGGCCUAUCAGCGCAGAGCUUACAGCGCCAGUCAGAUCGCCGACCAUGACCCGCCCCCCAAGUCCCACACCCCCAGUGACCCCAUUACGGCCCAGGAGAGGAGUCCGCUCUGCACCAUCCAGAUCCAAGAACUGCGCUGCGGGGACAAUGCAGAUCCAGAAGCUCAGUCAUCCCUAUCUGUCGGCCCAUUUGUCAGCACAACAAAAAUUAGGGGUGCGGGGGCCAGGCGUCCAUCCCUGCUCCAGCAGAGCUGUCUCUCAUUCUGCCAUGAUGGCUUCUCCCCCCAACUGAUUCAUGAGAGCCUCCAAGCCGCCGGCGCCGGACGACCCACCGCCCAACAGGAGACCUCUCUCUCCCUGAAAUCUUCUUCUGACAGUCAGCCGUUCAGCAGCCCGGGGGACCUUGACUGCCAUCAUCCUUGCUUCACCUUUGAAACCGAAGUGGCAGCGGAGCCGAGUCCCGGGGUAAAGGGCGUAGCCCCCCGGUCCCACUCUCAGUGCAAAGCCGUGGUGAGGGGGCUUAGGGGGAACCAGCCCGUGCAAUGGGAGAUCACCUUCGAUAUCCACAAGCUUUUCAGAGAACGAGAGGACAGGGAGGACGACGAGAGCGAUUUGUGGAAUGAGACGUUCCAUCACUUGGCCGCCAAGUCCAUUAUCCGAGACUUUGAGCAGCUGGCUGAGAGGGAGAGCGAAAUUGAACAUGGUUUGGGGCGCAGAUUCCAGCUGAACGCCAUACACGCCAGCAAAGCCUGUAAUGUCAUCAGCAAAUACACGGCCUUCGUCCCGGUGGAUCUGAGCAGCAACUCCUACUUGCCCAGCGUGGUGGAAUAUGCCAACACAGGUGCUGCCCUAAAGCAGGGUUCCCAGCGCAGUCUGAGCUCCGGGAGCCGACGCCUGAGGGGAUUCUCCAUCGGCCUGGGGCGCUCGCAGUCAACCUGUGCGUCCGAAUCGUCCGACGAGCGAUUUUACAAUGUGGACGAGGCUGCGACGUCUCCUUGUACCACCCCUGUGUCAUCUGGAUGGGAGCGCUGCAGCUUCCCCCAAGCCCCACAGCGCAGUCCCUCCGUCUCCUCGGCCCACUCCCAGAGAUCCAUAGAAAGCCUCUUUGCAGCCAGGCUCAGCUUUAACAAAACCCGGCUUUUAACUCGAGCAGCCAAAGGUUUCAUGAUCAAGUCUCCGGGCAAAGGCAGCGAGGAGAGCGAAGGCGAAAAGAAUAGCGACUACUUGCCCCUGGUCUCCCUACAGUUGGCCUGUGGUGCUUUCCUGCUGAACCAAACCUUCGCCGACGCCGCCAACAUUCCGUUGGACAAGCUCAAGUGGACGUCUCCCUUCAGCAGCCACCGUGCUGCCCUGAGCCCAAUGUCUCACAGCUCCUCCCCUUCCAAAAAGGUAGAGAGCCUUCCGGCCAGCGGCGGGCAUUUCCUGGUGCCGGACGCCGAGUUCCACAGCACGCCCAAUGGCUUUGGCGAAGACGUUUGCCAACAAAGCAGAAUCCGGCACUUAUCCAGCAGCGCUCUAGACAGCCCACCCCGGGCUUCCAAGGCAACGGAGAAUGAACUGUCUCUUCCAGUGUUACCUCUUAGGCGCUACUCUUCUCCCGAGAGCGCCCAGGACUCUGCCUCCAUUCACACAGACAGCGGACUGGGUUCGGAGUCUGACAGCGCCGAGGUUCAGUCUUGGAUGGAGGCCAUAGAAGAGCAACGCAAGUCCCAACCGGAGAGCAUGGUAUGGGCCACAGCGGUAGCCCUGGCCUGGCUGGAGAACAACUCGGCGGCCUAUUUCACCGAGUGGGAGCUGCUGGCUGCCAAGGCCGACCGGUGGCUAUGCAGACAGAAGGUCCCCGAGGGACGCACUCUCGCCGUGGUCAAGUCUGCGGCCCAGCAGCUCUUUGUGUUGCUCAGACACUGGGAUGACAACCUUCAGUUUAACGUCUUGUGCUACAACCCUAGCAGCGUGUAGGGACUGGGGGGGCAAUGAAAUGAAUAAGGGGGUUAUUUGUGUGGCAUGAGUGUUGUGUAAGCGCUUGUUGUGCCAGCUGUGCCAGUCUGGGCUGGGGGUGGUGUCUGUGCAUGGAGGCUGUGAGUGCGCUGUGUGUGCCGCUGUGUGUGCAGUUCAGCUCUGCGCUUUCUGGGUAACAUUUCUCUAGGUGUAAAGUCAGUGUAGGGACCCGCCGGUAAGUGCCGUCUCCUCCUGUAUAGGAACGGGGUACUGACCCCCCCGAGGGUAGAAAGUUAGAUAAUGACCCGCACACAUUCCUUACACGACUAUAGCCCUGUCCUCGUUCUCAGAUUUCCCUCGCGCAUCCGUGCAUAACUGUCACAUUUACUGACCAACCCUUCCUUAACUGUCAGUUUUACUAGUGAGGCUCUGUUCUUACUGUGAGUUUUAUAUAUAUUGCAGCCCUUCUGUAACUGUCAGUUUCUCUAGCCCUGCAGUAACUGUAAUUGUCAGCUUUUCUAGUGUAGCCCUUCCAUGACUGUCAGCUUUUCUAGUGUAGCCCUUCCAUGACUGUCAGCUUUUCUAGUGUAGCCCUUCCAUAACUGUCAGUUUUUCUAGUGUACCCCUUCCAUGACUGUCAGCUUUUCUAGUGUAGCCCUUCCAUGACUGUCAGCUUUUCUAGUGUAGCCCUUCCAUGACUGUCAGCUUUUCUAGUGUAGCCCUUCCAUAACUGUCAGUUUUUCUAGUGUACCCCUUCCAUGACUGUCAGCUUUUCUAGUGUAGCCCUUCCAUGACUGUCAGCUUUUCUAGUGUAGCCCUUCCAUGACUGUCAGCUUUUCUAGUGUAGCCCUUCCAUAACUGUCAGCUUUUCUAGUGUAGCCCUUCCAUAACUGUCAGCUUUUCUAGUGUAGCCCUUCCAUGACUGUCAGUUUUUCUAGUGUAGCCCUUCCAUGACUGUCAGUUUUUCUAGUGUAGCCUUUCUGGGACUGUCAGUUUUUCUAGAGUAGCCCUUCCAUGACUGUCAGUUUUUUAGCAUAACCCUUCCAUGACUGUCAGUUUUUCUAGAGUAACCCUUCUCAGCUUUUCUAGUAAAUAACCCGCCAUAGCUAUUAGCUUUUCUAGGGCAACCCUGCUGUGUCAGUGUAUGUGCUGCCAGCUCUGCUGUGAUUGCCUAAUUUCCAGUGUAUCCCUGCCUUAGCUGUCAGUUUUGUUGUACAGACCUGCCUCGUCAGUUUUUCAGGUGAAGAACCAUAGUAACUGUCAGUUUUUCUAGUGCAGCUCUGAUGCAGUUCUCUGCUUUUCUACUGAAUUCCCACCAUUCUUUAGUGCAGCGAUGCUGUAACAGCCAGCCUUUUAAGCUACCACCCUGCCAUAACUGUCAGUUUUUCUAAUGCAGCCUUGCUGUAACUGUCAUCUUUCCUAGCACAGUCUAAUGCAGUUCUCAGCUUUUCUGCUGAAUGCUUGUCAGUCUUUCUAGUGCAGCCCUGCCACAACUAAGUUUUUUUAUUCAGGCCCUGUUGUAACUGUCAGCUUUUUUGAUUCAUGUCAGCUUAAGUUAACUUUUAGUGUGUUAUACAAUGCCCUUUUCCUAGCUACUUUGCAAUUGGUCUUCAUUACUUUUUUAUUUAUAGUUUUUGAAUUAUUUCCCUUCUUCUUUGAACUCUUUGCAGCUUUCAAAUGGGGGUCACUGACCCCGGCAGCCAAACCCUAUUGCUGUGAGCUUACAAUGUUGUUAUUAUUAUUAUUACUUUUUAUUGUCUAUCUUUAGAUCCAUCCCCUCUCCUAUUCAUAUUCCAGUCUCUUAUUCAAACCACUGCCUGAAAUGAUUCCUACCACCACCUUUUAAUUGCUGUAGAAACUGAUGACUGGGCUUUAAAGGGUUAGUUCUCCGCUGCAUUGUCCAGACAUGCAAGUAGGAUCACUGUAGAAACAGACAAUGGGCAUAUUAACCCCAGACAUGCCAGUAAGAUCACUGCAGUAAUGAAUUAUAAGCACCUUAACUCCAGACAUACAAAAAUCACUGCAGAAAAUGUAUAAAAUGAAUAUUAACCCCAGACAUACCAGUAGGAUCACUGCAGAAAUGGACUAUAAGUACAUUAACCCCAGACAUGGCGUCAAGAUCACUGCAAAAAAAAUAGAUUAUAAUCAUAUUAACUCCAGACAUGCCAAUAAGAUCACUGCAGUGGGAAAUGUACAGUUGGAAAAGUCCAUAGGGACUGAUGGUUCCACCCAAGACCUCCUUAUGGAAGGAAUGUUGUUGAGUCUCCAAUCAGUAGGGAAAGAUUCUUCCUUAUCAUUAAAGGGGAACUUCACCCAAACACUACUUAAGCCUUUCCAUCAAUGAAGAAAUACGCAGCCUUUCUCGUAGUAUUUAAUGUAAUAAUAUGGUAUAUUAGGGGUUUCUGUGUUCAGUGGGGCUUUUGGUUUUGGUUUGGAAGGCAGAGAUCCUCUUUACGGGAGUUCAAAACUGCCAUGAAAGGCUUUUUAACCCAUUAUUAGGUGCUAAAUUGCACUGUUACAGUUACCUAUAGCACCCAGUGCUAGGUCUGGCUUUGGGAAACUGCACUGGUGCAAUUCAGCACCCACUUUAAUCAAUCAGCCCCAAAGAGCACACAGAGGGACCAGAGAAGAGCUGCCCAGUCCCUUAUUGCGCCCCCUUGUGUCAGUCUGUUUGCACACGUCUCUGUCUCACAACUCUACUUGCACACUAACCAUCCUAUUUGCACUCUCUGUAUGUGCCCCGUUGGUUCUGUGAGCCCCCAAGUCCUGUAUGCCCCCUGUGUCGGCUCCAGUAUCUCUCAAUGGGGGUCUCACAACUAGACUUUGCCCACUCACAGUCUCUGUGCCCAUUCACAGUCUCUGCCCACUCACAGUCUCUCUGCCCACUCACAGUCUCUGCCCACUCACAGUCUCUCUGCCCACUCACAGUCUCUCUGCCCACUCACAGUCUCUCUGCCCACUCACAGUCUCUGUGCCCACUCACAGUCUCUGUGCCCACUUACAGUCUCUGUGCCCACUUACAGUCUCUGUGUCCACUCAGUCUCUGUGCCCACUCACAGUCUCUCCCCACUCACAGUCUCUGUGCCCACUCACAGUCUCUGUGCCCACUCACAGUCUCUCCCCACUCACAGUCACUGUGCCCACUCACAGCCUCUGUGCCCACUCACAGUCUCUCCUCACUCACAGUCUCUGUGCCCACUCACAGUCUCUCUGCCCACUCACAGUCUCUGCCCACUCACAGUCUCUGCCCACUCACAGUCUCUCUGCCCAUGUGCCACAUUCUAGUUGAUGUAUUUGCACACCCUUCUAGUUCCGUUUGCACACCUACCUACCCUCACUCCUCUCUUACCCAGACUCCUUUGUCCCCCCCCCGACGGCCGCUUCUGUGCCUGUUUGAUGCUGCUGAGUGAUAAAACCCAAGUCGUUGUUGCGUUUCCCAUAGACUUUUGCCAACCCGGGGAAGGCGGAUUCAUUCUAUGCAUGGGGAGUAUUUUGAAUCUUGAUUUUGACAUUUGGUUCCGGUGUCAGAGGGUUGUUACAUUUCCGAUUUUGUGAUUCCAGUACGUGGCAUGGUCCCAAGCGCCGCCGUAAUUAUUUUCUGUUCUUUCGGUUCUGUAUGAUCUGAUAUUUGGUUGUUUGACCGUUACUGUAAGUUACGCCACGUCUUCCUAUAUAGAACCCGACUGCCUGUUGGGUGAAUAAAUAUAAUGAUGUUCCCUGUGCUUGUACCUUCCUCUGUGUGCCCAGAACCACAGGCAGCAAAGUACUGAAUCCUGUGUAGCCCUUGGGCAAUACAAACAAAGCAAUUUUGAGGGGCCCAGGGGGAGCCAAAAUGGCGUAUUGCUUGCCCAAGAACGUUUGGAAGGGGAUGUUGUGGUAUCGAUCAGCCGAGGUGAUGCUUCCCACCCAACAUUCCUCAUUAAAGAAUUGAGCCAAAAUUCCAAUCUGCGGAGGCCAAGCCCAAGUUUCACACCAAGCUAUGCCCUUUCCACCUCCAAAUUAUUUCAGCUGUCCAGUUAUGGUUGGCAUCUGUCCAGUUUGGCCAAGACCCAGUUUUCACAAGGGCCAAAACUGCCAGUCGCGGCAAUCGGCCAAUCUCCAGUCGCCACGUCAUGUGAUGUCACUGGUCCACCCAUAUGAUGUCACUGCCCGGCCCAGUGAUGUCACACUCCCACCUCCCCGCCCAUUUGGGCAGGGAGUGAUAGAUACAUACGUAUGUCCUGGUAAUUCCAAUAACAGAAUUAUCAAUAAACUCACAGCAGCAGCCAACGGGUGACACUUACCGGUCUCCUGUUUGAAAGCAAACAUCCGAUUGGUUGCCUUGGGGGAUAUUAGCCUUAAGUUAAUACCCCUAUAUUAUGGUUGGCAGGGUGGAAUCAAUUUUUGGCACAACUAACAUUCUUUUCAGUAUAAAAUAGGCAGAUGAUGUAGACAAGGCAAGUUCACAAUGCCAACAUACCAUAUCCAACCACAUCCAACCUAUAGAUUUCAGUUAGAAAAGCACAUCAUGGCCAAAUGUGGCCCAAAGCUUAACCUUGGGGCCAACAAUACAAUCACAUUAAGGGUAAAUCUAUCACAAAAUGUGGUCUUUGGCCAAUGAGAAUUUUGGAAAGGCCUAUCAAUAUAUCUUAUGGCGUCCUGAUCAAGAACUCCCUUCUCAAUGGGAAAGGUAACUUUAUCACAUGGUGUAAUAAUGAAAGAUACUCAUUUCUCCUCCCAGAAAUCCAAAGGAGCUUUGGCCUAGCGGUGACCACCAUGACUGAACCCCUAAUUGUUUUGUAACCUUGUUCCCCCCUGAAAUCACUUUGCACAGACCCUUUAUAUCCGGACCCCGAGGUCUAUAGGGACAGUUGUGCCUAUACACACGUACAGUAUAUUUGGUCAGCGUCUCGUUUGUGUGGGGACCUUAUGCUUGGACGUCUGUGCCUUCUGUAGAUGUGGCUUUGUCCUAUUGUGGCUCCUCGGAGCGAGAUUCUGCGUCUCAGGUGGUAUCCGGCAGUGUGUGUAAUGAUGCAUUUUUUCAUUCUUGAUUCCUUUGUAUUUGAAUUAUUUUUGUGUUCAAUAAAGUGGUACUUGGUGAGCA